CUGCAUUUGGACUCCAGGGGUCAAGCCAAGGUGCUGUCACCCAGGUCUGAGCAACACUGGAGCCCUCUCGCAACACAAGCAAGAUCUCCACUGGCUGUGAGUGCUGCAGGCAACCGAGUGGCACCUUCCCCCAAAAUGAUGGAAAACAAAGUGUUUAUGUCAUUUACGUUCUACAGCACAAUCUUGAUUUUAAAAAUGUAUGUCGUUGCCAUCAUUACAGGACAAGUGAGACUCAGAAAGAAGGCAUUUGCAAACCCGGAGGACGCGCUGCGCAACGGGGGGCUGCAAUACUACCGCGAGGACCCUGACGUGGAGCGGUGCCGCAGGGCCCACCGUAAUGACAUGGAGAACAUCUUUCCCUUCCUCUUCCUCGGAGCCAUCUACUCCCUGUUGGAUCCCAGUCCCGCAGUGGCCAGGAUCCACUUCUUCAUCUUCUGCGUGGGGCGCAUCGUCCACACCAUCGCCUACCUCCUGCAGCUGAAGGCGCCCACACGCUCCGUGGCCUACAGCGUGGCACAGCUGCCCUGCUUCUCCAUGGCUCUGCAGAUCCUCCUCGCUACCACCCCGUACUGGUAACGCCCAGCGAGACCGACCAUCCAAACCCCCUCGUCCUGCGCUCUGCUGGUUUCCCCGGCUGGACUGGGUGGUGCGUGUGCGAGUGUGCACGUGUGUGUGUGUGUGUGUGGGCACAUGCUAUGUUGCCAGGGAGGCCACCUGCACCCCAAGGAUGCUCAGUGCAGCCUUGAUAAAGUCCCUGUGCUAUUGAAAUUGGGCAGGAAAGUCACCAGAGAGAAGGGGCACGUCUCCCUGUAAAGCGGGAAGGGGAUGCAGAGGCAGGUUUCUCUCGCUCCUGCUAAGGGUGGAAGGGGGAAAGCACCCGGACUACCCCUCGAGGAAGGGGUUCAUUGAAGGAAAGAAGGUUUUCUGGCGCAACUGCAUUUGGAACUGGGAAGGGGAAGAUGUGCCCUUUCCCCUUGGUCACAAAUACCCUGUGAAUCAGGAAGGAAAAAUCAUGAGGGUCCCACGAAGUCUCUUGGUCAGCAGACGUGGGUGGUAGCAGAGGGGGGUUAUAAAUCAGCAGCCCUCCUCCUGCCCAGCCGUGGGGGUCUGUGGGGAGAGGGAGUCCCUUAGGUUCCCCCUUGUGCGAGGAGGACAGGAGGCAGGUGCCUGCCAGGCAGCUUAACAUGGAAGUCAAAAUCUCAGGGGUGAUGUUGUGAAGCCACCGAAGCGUUCAGUGCUCCCAGCGCCGCCUCGUCUCACGCCACGGGAGGCAGCUCCCUGCCGGGGAGCCUCGCUGCAGGCAGAAGCCUGCUUGUCCCAGCAAGGACACCCUGCAGCCGGCGUUCGGCAGCUCCCGGUCAGCAGCAGCUGUGGCUUUUCCAUCUCAAUCUCGCCGUGGCAAGACGCAGAGGGACGUGCCUGGAGCAGCCGGCAGGAAUCGCUUACCCCGUAGAGAGCCGGACACAAAGCUCUGGGACUUCUGGAAAGACUGAGAUGCUCACACAAAACAGGGGGUUUACAGUUUGCAGAGAGAGCUUUCUCCCAAGGGCGGUAUCUGCGUUCACAUGCCGCUGAUGCCUGGGAAUGCUCCCAGGGCAGCAGACCGAAUUUCUCCCUCUUUGUUUGUAGCCUUUCUCUGGCCGCAGAAUGGCCGUUGCUAUUUGGGGAAUGUGCCGUGACCGCUUUGGGGGUGUUUUCUUUCAGCUGUUUCCUGCUGUCCACUGCUGCCGAGCCGUGCGCAGCCUGGAUUAGCUGGUGUUUGCAGAAAGCUCUGGAAAUGAGCAGAGCGGCUUUGAACCUCCCCGCAGGAGAAUACCGCUGCUCUGCGGUGUCGCCUGAAAGCCGUCAUGUUGGAGAGGAGAGGCUGGGACCGGGGUAUCUCAAGAUGACGAACCCUCGUGAGCUCCUCUGCCAUGCAGCUGUCCCAAAGGGCCAAGGGCUCGUCCAGACAACAGCAGCAUGCAACGGAGCACCCCUACGGAGGACAAGGCAGGAGGAAGCCUCUGCUGUUCAGUGCCUCCUCCCUCCUGUGAGGGCAACACAGAGUUUUACUAAGAUCACAAGGGGAAACCAGAACGAGCAGAAAAUAAAUUCCCCUUCCACCUGUCCUAAGCACUAAAGCUGUUCCCUUAACCCCGCUGUCCUCGGAGAUGCUCUUACUGAGACCUCACUGAGGUCUCCGUGCACAAAGCACGGGGUGAAACACCAGCUCAGACUGAUGCUCUGAGCCCUUGCCCAGCUUGGGUAGCAGCUUCUGUGCCAGGAACUCCUCACCCCAGUGCAGAUGUGGCCUUAGGCUAAGCUGUUUGGUGAGGUUUGGAGCGGAGUGCUCUGCUCUCCCGUGGGGGGGACGCAGGGCCCGCCACGUGUGGAAGGUGGGCAGGACUGCAGGUUCAGCAGUUUGCUCUUGGCCGCUUCUCAUUUACGCAGCCUCAACAGAUGUCUGGGUAAUACGUACCCCUCUUAACAAGCCUUUUCGGCCUCAUAUGGUGCACAAGGUCUCGAACCCCUGUACAUUUCUCUGCUGCUGCACAUGCAUCCUGGUGGCAGGAAGCAAAUAUUCCCAAUAAAAACAAAUCAUUGUGCUCUGAUACAUCCUUCCUUCGGGAGCAGCAGAUGCAGCUGGGUAGCAGCUGGGUCCAGCCCCAGCAGGAUGGCUCCCCAGCUGCAAGGCGCUUUGCUAAGCCCCGCUGCAGAGCCUGGAGUGCCCUGGGACUCUUAAGAGAUGUCCCUUUCCUCUGGACUCACCCGCCCUGCAGAGGAAGCUCUUUUCCAAGUGUGCAUUAU